AUAAUUAAAAUGUCCUGUUACAUGUUUGAAUUUUAGUGUACAAUUUAUCAGUUUAAAGGGCAAUUUUUAAAAUCCUGUACAAAAAAAUGGAACUUUAAAGCCGUAAACAUUCACAGGAAAAUAUUACUCUGGUACCGAAUGUAUAGUUUAUUAUUUUACUCAAAUAAUUCAGCGCCCUCUUAUGGUCAGUGUCCUCCAGAGUUACUGUAGUGAUGUCAGUGAGUUGAGUAUAACGACUGGAUUAUUCGGGAUAAAAAUAAUUGAGAGGUUUACUAACGCAGGACAUUAAAUAAGUUUAACUAUAUUAACUGACUACUUGUGGUAACAUAGAUAGUGAUAUUUAGGGGCUACAAAAUAAUUUCAAUUUCUCUGCGUUAUUACAGCUACAAUGAACGUUCUAAGGAUAUUCUACUUAGUGUUGUUUUUCCUCAUAAAUAAAAGUCUAUCUUCAAAGUGUACAACAACUAGAACCGGAAAUGAUGUUUUUACUGAUUGUCAUGGAAGGGGUUUCCGGUAUGUUCCUAGAGAUGUUCCUAACGAUACGACAUGUUUAGACUUGUCUGACAAUGAGUUGUCCGUUAUAUCUAACUUCACGUUUUCCAGACUUCAAUAUGUUUCUAGUUUGAAGUUAUCAUCGGCUCAGAUAUCAGUUAUUGAGUCAAAAGCGUUUUCUGGAUUAGUUGAACUGACUUCUUUGAACCUGCGCAAUAACACUCUUGAUAUCCAUUCUUUACUGGAAAAUGUUUUUAAUUCAUUACCUUUUUUGAGAAUUUUAGAUUUGUCACAGAAUAACUUCCACCAAUACCCUGAGAAAGUUUUAGAAAACUUAUCUAACUUAGAGAUAUUAUCAAUCAAUGGUAUCAACGAACAAACUUUUGGAAACGGAUUUCAAUCUCUAAGUAAAUUAACAUAUCUGAAUUUUCAUCCUUGUUCGAUAAAUAGAAUAGACAAUACAACAUUUGAUGUUUUUAAGAACAUACACUUGAAGGAACUGAUUUUGAAUUGUAAGAUAAGGUACGUGGAACCAGGCGCUCUCACCCCAUUUCAGUCAAUAGAAAGACUUGACAUUUCAAGGAACUUUAAUAAUGUGCGGAUAUCGUACCUGCUGCAAUUACUUAACGGUCUUAUGGACAGAAAUGUAACAUCAAUAGACUUUAGCAACAAUUUCAGAACUAUCCCAGCCGCUGACGUGUUAUUGGCGUCACAGUUUGCAAUGAUUGGUGCAGUCUGCGUAAAAGAAGUCGAUCUGAGUGGUAACCGUAUUAUAUCGAUACAGUCAGGGGGAAUAAAUCUAAUGAAACAUAAAAAUUGCUUAGAAAAACUUAUUCUCAAAGAGAAUAGUAUAUGGGGUGACCGUAGUCUUGCCAUAGAAAUUGUUAAACUGGUAAACCUUUGUUGGUUAGAUAUAUCAAACCAGGAAACGUUACACGUCAAAACGGAAACUAAUAAAAACAAAACCGAUGUGCGUCGUCAAGAUAAGACAGAUACAAAAUAUUUCUCUGACAAAUUAACGUAUGUUUUCCAUCUACCACAUAAUCUGCAAUAUAUCGAUGCAUCAUAUUUUGGCAGUAGAAAUACUCGUCUAAAUAAUAUAAAUUUCACAAAUGCUGGUAAAUUAGAUUUCUUAAAUCUAGCUGGAAAUAAAUUCAAAAAUUGUCUUGGACAUUUCCAUGGACUGUCACAUUUACAAACACUGGACAUAUCGGAUUUUAAUUGUAGUGAGCUUGAUCUAAAGAUGAUCAGUUUUAUGCCAUACCUCAAAACACUAAUUAGCAUAAGAACACAUUUAACUGUCGGAUUACAAAAUGAUGUAAAUGGUGAUUUUUUAAAACAGUUAUUUGGGCUGAAACAGAUUGACUUCUCAGAAAAUGACUUUGUUACGUUUAAUAAACACAUGUUUGUAUCACAAUAUCGUUCCCUCAUUUCACUGGAUUUAUCAAAAAACAAAUUUUCAAAAUUUCCAAUUCAAAUCAGCAAAUUUUCAACUUUAAAGAAACUAAGUCUCGUUCAAAAUCGAAUUGUUUUUCUGCAGAAAUUUGAUAUGCAUCAACUAGAGAACUACCAACGUGAUAAACAUAUCAACUUUGAGCUUCUUUUGAAUGACAAUAAUUUCGUUUGCAAUUGUGAAUCGAUCGAUUUUGUGAGAUGGCUCCAGGAAACAAACGUUACACUAGAUAACAACCGGAAUUACUCGUGUGUGUAUAUUGAUAACAGCGAGAAAACAACAGUUUAUGCAUACACGCAUCUUAAUUUCAUUGAGAGUAAAUGCCUCAGUAAGAUAUGGCUUACCAUUACAAUAAUUCUUGUGGUGGUUUUUCUUCUACUUUUAACAGCAAUUUCGUUAGCCUACAAAUAUAGAAUAACUCUACAUUUUUGGUACCUACAUAUCCGCCGGAAGUAUCGCCAUUACACAGCAUUGGAAGGAGAUUAUAAAGAGUACAAGUAUAAUGCAUUCGUUGCUUAUUGUAAUGAAGAUGAAGUAUGGGUUUGUGGGUCUCUCGUUAAUUAUUUGGAAAAGACAAAUGGUUUGUCGUUAUGUUUACACGACAGAGAUUUUGCAGCUGGGAGACUCAUUAUGGAUAAUAUCAUAGACGCCAUUUUCGAAAGCAAAAAAGUGGUCCUUGUUAUUAGUGAAGAAUUCCUAAAAAGUUCAUGGUGCGAGUUCGAACUUGAUAUGGCGAGAAUGAAAAUGUUCCAAGACAACAGAGAUAUGUUGGUUGUUGUCUUGUUGGACAAACUUUCUCCUUCACAAAUGCCAAUUUCCUUACAGAGAAUUUGGAACAAAGUGACAUGCCUAGAAUUUGAUGAAACAAUCUGUUCAAAUCAAAAUGGCAAUUUUGAACAUUUAUUCUGGAAAAGAUUAUAUGAGGCAGUCGUGAUGUAAAUAGAAAAUUAAAUGUUGAUUAUGA